AUGGCCGCUCGACGCUCCAGGCUGGUGGCCAGAUGUGCCUUCUGUCUUGGUGGACGCAGCUUCCCUCAGAUCUCCGUGCCUGGUCUUAGGAAAGAGCAGACGUACACUCCUUCCUCAUUCAUUUCCAUUGGCGUCCUCCGACCUGACCGUGCGCUCUUCACAUCUUCUCGCACUGCCAGCCCGGCACUGGCAACGCCACUCGACCUCAAGUCUCGACAAAACAACGCCAAUUCUUCCGGUAUCACCUGGGGAAAAUGCCACGAUCCAUUGAUCCCUGGCAACUCGAGCCUGCAAUGCGGCUCGCUCGAUGUCCCUCUUGACUAUACCGACGAAGGCUCUGGCGCAACCUUGGCUCUGGAGAUUGUGCGCGCUCCGACCCCCAAGGUGCCCAGCAAAGGCAGCAUCUUCUUCAAUGCUGGAGGCUGCCCAUCGGAGAUGACGUAUCGACAAGAGCAAACCACCAACACUGAUAUGUACAGCACCACCAACAACAACUACGACAUUGUCAAUAUCGACACGGCGUCAUCCACCUACGCCGGGCUCCCCCUAGCUGCAUCGGCUUAUGACACCGCUCCGGCCAAUAUCUGGGUGCAGUCCCAACUCUUUGUGGACAAUUGCGCCUCGAUGCAGGCAGAGAACGGGACACUCAUCGGAACAGCCUUUGCGGCCCGCGAUCUGAUGGGUGUGGUUGACGUUCUCGAGGAUGACGGCUUUCUCCGUUACUGGGGUAUCCCCCUCCUACGGGUCCUGUUGGGUGCUACGGUCGCCGACAUGUUUCCGGACAAGAUCGACAAGAUGGUCUUGGACGGCGUCGUCAACCCCACUCUAUACUACCGCAACAAUGAGAGCGAGACAUUCACCAGCAUAGACGAUACAUUCAGUGGGUUUUGCGUAGGCUGCGCCGAGAACCCCGAUAAGUGCUCAUUGGCCAUGAAUCAAACGGCCGACGAGGUGAAGCAAGGUAUCUUCAAAAUGCUCGAGGGCCUGGCCAUGCAGCUGUUUGCUGUUCAGCAGCGCAAUCUCGCCCUGAUCACUGAGAUUCUUUCCGCCGGCGCUGGGCGAUUCAAUGCCCUGAAGAGCGCUGCCGCCCCUGACAGCAACGCGCGCGAUGGUAUCAAGUGCAGCGACGUACUGACGCAUGCUGCCAACCGCAGCGAGUUUGAGUCCGUCCUCGACGCCCGCCAUGCCGCGGGAUACUUUGCCGAUGCCGCAGACUACCUGCCUACGCGAUCUGCGCAAACAAUGUGUCGGAGACUUUUGAGAAUGCUUUUCUGGUGGUGCAGCAAGGUGGCUAUGGCCACACCAUCUGGGCCCAAGUGA